CCAGGAAGAAUUCUCCCAUUAAUUUGCUGAGAGAUUUCAUAUAUCUUCCUCUUGGAUUAAAGCUCUGGAUCGAGUCCUUUGUGGCUGCUGAAAAACUAAGCUGCUGUUCCAGAGCAAUGAAGAUUUUUAGAAAACUCUUGAUCUAUCGCCGGUUCCUGCUCAUUAUUUUUACUCCCUUUCUACUACUUCCAUUGCCACUCAUCAUCAAAACCAAAGAAGCAGAAUGUGCAUACACACUGUUUGUGGUGGCCAUCUUUUGGCUUACAGAGGCUUUGCCCUUGGCUGUUUCAGCAUUGCUUCCUGCUUUGAUGUUUCCAAUGUUUGGGAUUAUGGCUUCCAAAGAGGUGGCAUCUGCUUAUUUCAAAGAUUUUCACCUGCUAUUAACUGGAGUGAUUUGUUUGGCGACAUCCAUAGAAAAAUGGAAUUUGCACAAAAGAAUAGCCUUGAAAAUGGUGAUGUUGGUGGGAGUUAACCCUGCAUGGCUCACCCUUGGCUUCAUGAUCAGCUGUGCAGUCUUGUCAAUGUGGCUUAGCAACACCUCCACUGCUGCUAUGGUAAUGCCAAUUGUAGAGGCCGUGGCUCAGCAAAUCAUCAGUGCUGAAGCUGAAGCUGUAGAAAUGACAUAUACAAAUGGAGUCACCAAUCUUGCACUGGAACUUGAUGAAAAUAUUAAUGAUUGUGAAACAGUUGACUGGAAAGAGAAAACAAAACAAGCUCAUGGAUACAGCAAUGGUUCUGCUCAUCCCGCUCAUACUGUGUGCAACAUUGACAAGGAAAAGAAGCCAGAACCAAGUGAAACAGAAAGAAAAUAUCGAAACCAAAGGGACCACAUGAUAUGCAAAGUCAUGUGCCUGUGUAUUGCCUAUUCAUCUACCAUUGGAGGACUGACAACCAUCACUGGAACUUCAACCAACUUAAUAUUUGCUGAGCAAUUCAAUACGCGGUACCCUGCUUGCCAGUGCAUCAAUUUUGGAUCCUGGUUUAUUCUUUGCAUCCCUGUCACUAUUAUUAUACUGUUACUUUCUUGGGUUUGGCUCCAGUGGCUGUUCUUGGGUUUUGAUUUCAAAGAAAUGUUCCAGUGUGGCAGGCCAAAGUCAGCGAGGGAACAAGCUUCAGCCCAAGUGAUUAAAGAAGAAUACAAGAAACUUGGACCAAUAAGCUAUCCAGAAAUUGUCACCCUGGUGCUGUUUUUUCUAAUGGCCCUGUUAUGGUUUACGCGAGAUCCUGGAUUCAUUCCUGGCUGGGCUUCUUUUUUCCCAGAAUAUCCAGGUUUUGCUACAGAUUCUACAGCUGCCUUAAUCAUUGGCCUCCUCUUCUUCAUUAUUCCAGCAAAAACUUUGUCUAGAACAUCAAAUGGACAAAACAUUGUUUUUGAUUACACACCACUGAUAACUUGGAAAGAAUUUCAGGCCUGCAUGCCCUGGGAAAUUGCCAUUCUUGUUGGUGGAGGGUUUGCGCUGGCAGAUGGCUGUGAGGUCUCAAAGCUCUCAGCCUGGAUAGGAAGCAAAUUAACUCCUCUGGGAUCACUACCCAUAUGGCUGAUUAUCCUAAUAUCAUCCUUGAUUGUGACCUCGGUCACAGAAGUAGCCAGCAAUCCUGCUACAAUAACAAUCUUUUUGCCUAUUCUAGCCCCUUUGGCUGAAGCCAUCCAUGUGAAUCCCCUGUAUAUCUUGAUACCAACAACUCUCUGCACUUCAUUUGCAUUCCUGCUACCUGUAGCAAAUCCACCCAAUGCAAUUGUAUUUGCAUAUGGUCACCUGACAGUUAUUGAUAUGGUCAAAGCAGGCCUGGGUGUAAAUAUCAUUGGAGUUGCUGUUGUCAUGCUUGCUGUCAUGACAUGGGUUGCACCUUUGUACAAUCUCCAUACAUAUCCAGCCUGGGCACCCAUUCCUUCUCUUGUUAACAACACUGGACUAUAAACACAGAUCACCUGGCUCUUCUCCAUGUUUCUCCCUCCUAAAGCCACAAGCUGAUAGACCUGUAUGGCACAACUGUAU